AGGGCGGCCCGAGCGCUCGGGAUUCCCUGCGGAGCCGCACUGCCCCGGGUUCCCAGUCUCCAACCCGCCUGUCGCAGGGCCCCCGCGACCGCCGCGCCCUCCGGCCUGGGCCCGGGCCUCUCAAUCCGCCGGUCAAGGCCGCGCCCGGGAAGAUGUACCAGAGCUUGGCGCUGGCCCCGAGUCCCGGCCAGACCGCCUACGCCGACUCGGGCGCCUUCCUGCACGCGCCGGGAGCCGGCUCCCCGGUGUUCGUGCCGCCGGCGCGCGUCCCCUCCAUGCUGCCCUACCUGCCCGCGUGCGAGCCGGGUCCGCAGCCCCCCGUGCUCGCCGCGCAUCCAGGCUGGGCGCAGGCGGCCGCCGACUCGUCAGCCUUCGGUGCGGGCAGCCCGCACCCGCCGCCGGCGCAGCCGCCCGGGGCCGCGGCGUUCCCCUUCGCGCACAGUCCCCCGGGGCCCGGCGGCGGCGCGGGGGGCCGGGACGGCGGCGCCUACCAGGGCGCCCUGCUCAGUCGCGAGCAGUACCCGACCCCGCUCGGGCGGCCGGUGGGCGCCUCGUACCACGGCGCCUACGCGGCCUACGUGGGCCCCGACGUGGCGCCGUCCUGGGCCGCCGGACCCUUCGACGGCAGCGUCCUGCACGGCCUGCAGAGCCGCCCGCCCGGCCUCCCGGGCCGCAGGGCCGCUUUCGUCCAGGAUGAAUUUCACUAUCAGUUAAAAAUGGAUUUUGAAAACGAAAAUAAACAAAUAGAUGCGUUGCUAAACAAGAUGGAUUUAAAGCAAAGGAAAGGAAAGCGCCGGGCCGGGAGGCGCGGGCCCUCAGCUCCUCCUGCCCGCAGGGCCCGACUUUUUGGAGGACUUCCCCGGCGAGGGGCGCGAGUGCGUCAACUGCGGGGCCCUGUCGACGCCGCUGUGGCGCCGGGACGGCACCGGCCACUACCUGUGCAACGCCUGCGGCCUCUACCACAAGAUGAACGGCGUCAACCGGCCGCUCGUGCGGCCGCAGAAGCGCCUGUCCUCGUCCCGCCGGGCCGGACUCUGCUGUACCAACUGCCGCACAACCAACACCACGCUGUGGCGGCGGAGCGCGGAGGGCGAGCCCGUGUGCAACGCCUGCGGCCUCUACAUGAAGCUGCACGGGGUGCCGCGGCCUCUGGCCAUGAAGAAGGAGAACAUUCAGACGCGGAAGAGGAAGCCGAAGAACGUGGCGAAGGCCAAGGGCUCAUCAGGCCUCUGGCCAGCUGGACGACCCCCUGGCCCCCAGCCACCUGGAGUUCAAGUUCGAGCCUGAGGACUUUGCCUUCCCUGCCGCGGCCCUGGGCUCACAGGCUAGCCUUGGGGGGGGCCUGUGCCAGGAUGCCUGGUGUCCUCUGGCCCUGGCCUAGGCCCCACACGCAGGCGUCAGGGCUCUCCCCGGAACAGCACCGCGGGCCCCACCUCAUGGCCUCUCCACUGAGCACGGCAGAGGCCACCGCCCAAUGCUGGGUGAGCCUGGGCCCCUGCGCCGGCAGGGCGUGCAGGCUCGGGGUGUCCCGCGGCACGGCGGUGGGCGGCCCAGCAGGAGGCAGCGGCAGGAGGAAGGUGCGAGUCCCCUGGACAGCGGAGGCCCUGCCCCACCAUGAGCUCCUGCAGCCAAGACCGGCCCGGGCAGCACUGCCAACUCAGCUCCCGUCGGCAACUCUGGCUGUCAACGUGUGUGCAGGCCACACAGUGGACAAACCCGGACCUCCUGCUGCACAGCAGAAUCGCAUGUUGGACACCGCUGCAGCCAAGGAGGCACUGUGGGUGAAGGAAGCAGCUGGGCAUGGGGACCCCUCCAAGGCCAUGGGGUCUGUCCUUCAUUCCCCGUGUUUGAGGCACAGGGCCCUAGGCCAGGACCUCCUCCCAUGGGCAGGACUGCCACAGACAGGUGUGCACGUUGUGCACUGUGCAAGGAAGCCACCCCCAGCGGGAAGCCACGCCCACCGUGGUCAUCGGGGACGUGCAUAUUUAUUGGACGGUUUUCCCAGAGGUGGCAGUAAAAGGCUUGUUCUGAAAGAACGCGUGUCGUGACCAUUUCUGAUGGACGCAGUGAGGUGUCUGGGGGUAACCGGCACGGUCGGGGCUGGUGGUGCGGUGACUCCGGCCCAGUGCGGUCCUGGCGUCCCAGCAUGGUUACAGAUAGCACCCCCUUUCACUCACCCCCAGUGUGGAUGGUAAAGUAGCUGCUCACGCUGACGAGAGGCCACCGGCCCGGAGAGCUGCCGAGUGGGCACCAUCGACCUGAUUCCAGGGAGCGGGGCACGCCAGCCACGCAGAGCCCACACCCUUCGCCAGCAAGACCUUCUGACUUGCCCAGGGAGGCCACGGGUCUGGAUUUUCUUUUACUGUGAAAUAUUCCAACUUAAAGCUUUUUUUUUUUUUUUAUUUGAUUCAGAGUAUUUAAAAUAACUGUGAGCCAACUGAAACAGCUCUGGGCCAGAUUGGGCCCCACCACCGGUGCACAGCCCUGGUGGAAACUUCUCUUUUGUAUUCAGAAACUCACCUCUGGCGCUGGCUCCCAGGGCCUGUCUGUCUGUCCUGAGUUGUCCGGCGUGCUUGCUGCUCUCUCACUGGGACCUUGAGCCCCUCCCUGCUCCUGCUCCCCUGGGGCUCCCGGCCUCGCCCUGCCCGCGGGGUCUGCACGGCCUGGGGCUUCCGGCUCCACUGGCUGCUCCGAUCCAGCGCCUGGUGCCCAAGGACGCCCCGGGCCUUGAUGGGCGCGGAAACAGCCGCUGCAAGGCCGCCCGACCUCCCUGAUGGGGCAGCCGGGCUGGGCGAGGCGAGCGGAGGCGGGGUCAGCCCGGCACUGGCCCUCAGGGUGGGCGCAGGCCUGGCUGGCGGGGGCCCUUGGGGAAGUACUGUGCCCCCUCAGGGCUGGCUCUCUCCCUGGCUCUCCCUCUCAACCCUGUAACCUGGGUCCAGCCCCCCUCCUCGAGGAAGCCCCCCUGAGUGCUCCUGAGCCCUCCAUCCCUGUGGAUGGGGCCUGACAGCGGCUCCAGCAGCUCCUUCAGCCUUGCUGGGCCUGACUCCAAGGGAAUCUCGGACAGGGCCCCCCUGUUCCAGUGCUGUGGGGGCCACAUCAGGAGAGACCCCAGUGGGCCUGGGGGUCAGCAAGGCACCCCAGACCUUUCUCAAGCUGGGCCUGGCGGGGGGCUGCAGGGAUGUGGCUGGUGGGCUGGGUCGCAGCCGGUGGCCUUGGACAGCAGCAGCCUUGGGUCUGGCCUUCCUGCCUCUUGUCUGGAUGCCCAGGGCCCUCGGCUGCCUUCCCGGGCAGUGGGCGCGAACGAGGACUCUGAGAGCUGGAGAGGUUAAGGGGCCGCCCUCUGGGAAGGGACCGUCUUGCCUCGGGUGGGGCCGGGGGGGAGGCGGCAGCCCUGCCUGACAGGCGGGACAGGCCCUGCUCGGGCUCGUGGAGGGUGCCGUGCCCACGAGGUGCCGGAUGACUGGCCUGGGCACAGCGAGUUCUCACAACCUGCCUGCCAGGGGACCAGGGUCCAGGCCCGGCCUUUCCUGGCCCUGGACUCCGGGUGGGGGGACGACGUCCGGGCAGCAGAGGGCCCGGGAGAGGAGAAAACCCGAGCCGGGGCAGCAGAGGGGACAGCGGGAGGCCUCGGGGCCGCCUGGCCAGGGGUGCAGGCCUCAAGCAGGGAGCCCGUCCCCACACCUGGAGGUGGGGGCUGCACCUCUGCAGCCGGGUCCUGCCCAGCCCCUCGGGGCCCCGGCAUUUGGGGGCGCGUGGUUUAGGAGGCGGUGCCGAGCUCAGGGUGU